AUGGCCAAUUUUAAUGAAGAUAAGAAACAAAAAGUUUUAACAGAAGUGAAAAGUUUGGCAAAACUGGACUCAAAUUUUGUGGUCAAAUAUUACAACUCAUGGCUUGAGUUCAAUCAUCUCUUCAUUCAAAUGGAGUUCUGUUCACAAAAUCUCAAAUCUGUUCUCAAAGACAAACCCAUUGUCUUCGAGAGACAACCGGAAGAAGAGAUGAAUGUCUUUGAGUUUUUUAUUUCAUGCGAAAUAUUCAAAAAAAUCUUAGAGAGUGUUGAAUAUCUGCACUCAUCUGAUCCGCCAGUCAUUCAUCGGGAUCUCAAACCCGACAACAUAUUAAUUGAUCCCAACUUUAAGUGCAAUCGUUGUGUAAAACUAUGCGACUUUGGUUUGGCUACAGUUCACGACCCGAAACGACACACUGAGAGCCGUUACGAGCACUCAGUUUGCGGUACUUUUGGAUAUAUGGCUCCGGAAGUGAUUUUAGGCAAAAAAUAUAAUCACAAAUCAGAUAUUUAUAGCUUACAUAUCAUCGCCGAGAAGUUGUUUAAUAUUGAUCUCCAGGGUUCCCAAUCAUUUGAAGCUAAAGAAUCGGCGAUUAAGACAUCGAUGCUAUGUCUGUAUCACAUAAUUCAGGAAAUGAUGGCAACUGUUUAUAGACUAAGGCCUGAGUGUCGGGAAGUGUUGGCCAAACACAACGAGUGGUCCAUUGAUAGGACUCUUAUCACUAAUCAUUUGGAUUUCAAUAAAUAUUUGUGA